CGGCCAUCUCAUUUUAGGGCCACACCCUGUGCCUCUACCGCCCCUGUGGACCCGUGCUCCUCUCCCAUUCUCCUCCGAAUCGAACGAAGCCCGACACGAGCAGCGACCAUGAGUCAUCUGGAGAUAGCCAUGGCCACCCUGAUACAGACCUUCGAUAAAUACGCCGGCGCUGAUGGGAAGAAGGCCACGCUGAGCAAAGCUGAGGUGAAGACUUUGAUGGAGAAGGAGCUGCCCGGGCUGCUGAAGGCAGAAAAGAACCCCGAGGCGGUGGAUAAGUUGAUGAAAAGUCUGGACAGCAACGGGGACGCCGAGGUCGACUUCCAGGAGUUCGUGUUCCUGGUCGCCACCCUGGCCUGUACUGCCCACAACCGCAUUUGCAAAAAGAACUGAGCGGGGCGUCCACAAGGCCCAAAAAUACCCGUGAUUUCAUUACUUUGUGACUAAUAAAGUGAAAAUCCUAUAGUACAUGUAUCA